GGAGACCCCAUUUCUCCUCAUCUCGCCAGAUUUGGUGUCUGGCCCCACCACAUGUAGGAGGAACCAGCAUGGCUCCCUGUUGGAGGCGAGGGGCCUCUCUACUGCUCAUGACUCUUUGGCUUGUCAAUGACUUCGGCUGGGCACCGGCGGAGACAGUAAGGACUAGCAGUGCACUGACAGGCUCGGGGGCCCACGGCCAAGGACAGGGGCCCGCAUCCCAUGAGCGGGUGAAGAGAGGAUGGGUGUGGAACCAGUUUUUUGUGGUGGAGGAAUACACGGGGACAGAGCCUCUAUACGUCGGAAAGAUCCACUCGGACUCGGACAACGGCGAGGGCAUGAUCAAGUACACCAUCUCGGGCGAGGGCGCCGGUACCAUCUUCAUCAUCGAAGAGAUCACGGGCGACAUCCACGCCACGCAGAAGCUGGACCGCGAGGAGAAGGCCUUCUACACGCUGCGCGCCCAGGCCCGCGACCGCUACUCCAGCGCGCCGCUCGAACCCGAGUCUGAGUUUGUGAUCAAGGUGCAGGAUAUCAACGACAACGAACCCAAGUUCCUGGAGGCGCCAUACAUAGGCAGCGUGGCCGAGCUGUCACCCAUAGGGACGUCUGUGAUGAAGGUGGCUGCCUCUGAUGAGGACGACCCCACCUACGGCAGCAGUGCCCGGGUGGUCUACAGCGUGCUGGAUGGAGAGAAGUUCUUCACCGUCGACAGGGACACAGGAGUGAUUCGGACAGCAGUGGCAGACCUAGACCGCGAGACGCAGGAUCGCUACGAGCUGGUUGUCAAGGCAACAGACAUGGCAGGCCAGAUGGGCGGUCUCUCCGGCUCCACCACAGUGACCAUAGUGAUCACCGAUGUUAAUGACAACUCCCCCACCUUCCCGCAGAAAAUUUACCAGUUCAGUGCCUCGGAAGGGGAUAGUGUGGGCACCCCUAUUGGGAGUGUGAUGGCGAAUGACGCGGACAUGGGGGACAACACAGACAUGAGCUACUUCAUCGUGGAGGGGGAGGACGCCAGGCUGUUCAAAAUCACCACAGACGCCCAGACACAAGAAGCUGUCAUUUCAAUCAAAGAGCCGCUGGACUUUGAGACUAAGCAGUUCCACACGGUGAUGGUGGAGGCGGUGAACAAGCACGUGGACGAGCGAUUCGUGGACCUGGGCACCUUCCAGGACCGGGCCAUCGUCAACAUCAGCGUGUCGGAUGUGGAUGAGCCGCCACUCUUCCUCUUCCCCAACGCCUCCUCCAACACCAUGGAGGUGCAGGAGGAUGCCAGGCUGGGGGCCCUUGUAGGGUUCGUCAACGCCAAGGACCCUGACAAGGACAAAGUCCCAGUUAGGUACUCCAUAGACCGGAGCACUGACCAGGAGCACAUCUUCAACAUUGAUCCGGUGUCAGGUGCCAUCACCCUGGGGAAGAUCCUGGACAGGGAGACGGCGGGUUGGCACAACAUCACCGUCAUGGCAGUGGAAGCAGACAACCCUGCUCGAGCUAACCAGUCUGCUGUGAGCAUUCGGAUCCUGGAUGUCAACGACAAUCCUCCAGAGCUGGCAACCCCCUUUGAGGCCUCCAUCUGUGAAGAUGCCAAACCUGACCAGAUCAUUCACACCAUCAGCGUGGUCGAUAAGGAUGAGCCGCAAUCUGGCCAUCGCUUCUACUUCACCCUGGCACCAGAGGCCUCCAGCAACCGCUACUUCACCCUCAUGGAUACCAAAGGGAACACUGCCAGCAUCAGGACCCAGCGGUCUGGCUUCAACCGGCACGAGCAGAACGUGUACCUGUUGCCCAUCCUGGUGGUGGACAGCGGGCCGCCGGCCCUCAGCAGCACGGGGACCAUCACCAUCCACGUGUGCGGCUGCGACACGGACGGCGCCAUCCAGUCCUGCAACGCCACCGCCUACGUCAUCUCCGCCGCCCUCAGCCCCGGAGCCCUCAUCGCCCUGCUGGUCUGCAUGCUCAUCCUCAUCGUGCUGGUGUUGCUGAUCCUGACGCUGAAGCGCCACCGCAAGGGCCAGCGCAUGUCGGAGGACGAGGAGGACAUGCGCGACAACGUUAUCAAGUACAACGACGAGGGUGGCGGUGAGCAGGACACCCAGGCCUACGACAUGAGCGCCCUGCGCAGCCUCUACGACUUCCCCGAGGCCAAGAGCUCCGACUCGGGCGGCGGCGGUGCCACCACGGUCGCCGCCACCGCCGAGCUGCCCUGCCUGCCGCAGUGGAUCCAGAGCCGAGUGAGCGCCGAGGCCGGCGGCGGCGGCGGCGGUGGUGGCAGGGACGGCCCCACGGACUUCUCGCUGUUCCGCGGCUACAUCCGCAAGAAGGUGGAGCAGGCUGACGCAGACCUCUCUGUACCGCCGUACGACUCCUUCCAGACGUACGCCUUCGAGGGCAACAGCUCGCCCGCCCUCUCCCUCAGCUCCAUCCGCACCCUCUCCACCACCUCCGAGCAGGACUUCUCCUACCUCAGUGACUGGGGACCGCGCUUCAGGCAGCUGGCUGGCUACUAUGCCCCUGGACAGCCUGAGGAGGAGGGCUCCUAGCCUUCCUUCUCCUCCCUCCCAUGGUCUCUCUCGUCCUCCUCCCACCUCCAUUUUCUACCACUCCACCUCCUCCUUCUCCUCCUCCUCCUCCUCCUGUCCUCUUCGUCCUCCUCCUUCUCCACCUCCUAUUGCUGCCAGCACUUCAUCUCUCUCUUUUUGACAGAACAGCGUCCUAACUGUCCUUGAACCCGUUCCCCGGUGACACUUUGGCAAACAACUGACAGUUUCAUUACCUUUUUCCCUCUCUUUUUCCAGUUGUGGAUUAAAAUGGGGGUGAUAAACUGGAUUCUGUCUGUAGCGGUGGAACUAUAUGAGUGUGGGGAGAAAAAAAAAAACAUCAUAGACGCACACCACUGCUCUUUGACCGACAUCAUGGAUUUUUUUUCAUUUGUAUUUGUGCUUUUUUUCCUCCUCCAUGGAGGCAGAGACCAGAAAUAACCGUUUCAAGGAAUACGAACCGUAUGGCAUUUCUGCAGUGUGAGUCUAGGGACACUUUUUUUGUUCUCAAGCCAAGGCAAACUAUUCCCCACAAGCGAAAAUGUAUUUAUUAAAGAAGAACAUAUUUAUGUAUUUAUUAAUUUAUA